CUGACUGGGGGAAAAAUGCAAGAUGACAUAUAGCAAAUGUCGGAGCAUAAUUCAUUCACGUUUUCGCCUCGGAUUCGGAUUUAAAUCGCACCGCUGGAGCUCCAAUGUGACGAUGGCUCGUUAGGUGCUCGGUGGCGCAUCUGCGAUUUUCUUUAAUCCCCGCCCGAUAUUUUGAUUUAUGAAAAAUCACAUUCACAGACAAAUAUUGGUUUCAACAUGGGGCUGUGCUACAGUUUGCGUCCCCGGCUCUUCGGGGACCUGAGCGGCUCUAUCUCCAACGCUACCUCGGACUCGGACCAGCCUCCGGACGCCGCCGCCGUGCCGAGCCGCGCCGCGGCGGCUCGCCAGGAGGACACCGGGGGAUGCGGGGAGACUUCAUCGCUACGCGGCGGUGGCAGCAGCGGCGGCGGCGGAGGCCUGGUGCGCCCCGGGGACCCGGCCAGGGACCACCGCCGCGGGGACACCGGGACAGACGGGGUGCUUAUACAAAACGGGGGCGGCGGAGGAGGCAGCGGCGGCGGCAAGGGCUCGGGGAAGGAGCGCAGCCGACGCUUGCAGCUGCUGCAAAAAACAAGCACCCAGAAGCAGAAACACUGGGACAAACUGCUGGUGGAGGAGAAGGAGGCCGAGAAGGAGGCGAAGAAAGUCAGUAGAAGCAUUGACAGGGCGCUGAGGGAGCUCAAGCGAGAGUAUAAACAGACGCAUCGGCUGCUGCUGCUCGGUGCGGGAGAGUCCGGAAAAAGCACCAUUGUGAAGCAGAUGAGGAUUCUUCACGUCAACGGCUUCAACGCUGAAGAAAAGAAGCAGAAAAUACAAGACAUACGGAAAAACGUGAAGGAUGCCAUAGUGACCAUAGUGUCUGCGAUGAGCACUUUAAUACCCCCAGUCCCAAUAGCCAACCCAGAGAACCAGUUUAGGAUCGAAUACAUCAAAAGCAUAGCACCACUCUCGGACUUUGACUACCCACAGGAGUUCUUCGAUCACGCAAAGAAGCUGUGGGACGAUGAAGGAGUGAAGGCGUGCUUCGAGAGAUCCAACGAAUACCAGCUCAUCGACUGCGCACAAUAUUUCCUAGACAGAAUCGACUCUGUAAGACAGAGUGACUACACACCAACAGACCAGGAUCUUCUACGCUGCCGAGUGUUAACUUCAGGGAUUUUCGAGACGAGGUUCCAAGUAGACAAAGUCAACUUUCACAUGUUCGAUGUUGGCGGUCAGAGAGAUGAAAGGAGGAAAUGGAUCCAGUGCUUUAACGACGUCACUGCUAUCAUCUUCGUGGUGGCCAGCAGCAGCUACAACAUGGUAAUAAGGGAAGACAACAACACCAACAGGCUACGGGAAGCCCUGGACCUCUUCCGCAGUAUUUGGAACAACAGAUGGCUACGCACUAUAUCGGUCAUUUUAUUCCUGAACAAGCAGGACAUGCUGGCUGAGAAAGUAUUAGCUGGAAAAUCCAAAAUUGAGGACUAUUUCCCCGAAUACGCUCGCUACACCAUACCAAAUGAAGCAACUCCUGAACCGGGCGAGGACCCGAGGGUGACGCGAGCCAAAUUCUUCAUCCGAGACGAGUUUCUUCGGAUCAGCACUGCGAGCGGCGACGGCAGACACUACUGCUACCCGCACUUCACCUGCGCCGUGGACACGGAGAACAUCCGGCGGGUGUUCAACGACUGCCGGGACAUCAUCCAGAGAAUGCACCUGCGGCAGUACGAACUCUUGUGAUGGACGGCAGAGACACGUCCCUCCCUCUUUCUCUCUCUCUCUCUCUCUCUCUCUGUUGGCCCCUCUGUGUUUCCUCUCCGCCAUUCUGCAUCCUUGACGAACCCUUUCUACCCCCCCCCCCCCUCCACCCCUCCUCCCCUCCUGAAAGCCCACAGAGAUCCUCAGAUCACCCCUCCUGUCGAGGAAAUAUGAAGUACUACUGAAGUGUGUCAAAUCCUCUCCGUCUUUUCAACUUUUUUGGCUUUUUAUACUUUCUUUUUCUCUUCUUGAUUUUUUUUUUUUUUUAUCCCCUUUAAUCCGAUGUUGUUGGAAGUUUGGGGAACAAAGUUUGUCACGUGCUGCUUCUUGAAUAUUUUUCUUUGAAUUCUUCCCUUUUUGAAUGCCUUCGUUUUUUUUUUUUUUUUUUUUGCCAUUCCACUAAGCCUCGGGCUACCUCCUGAUUUUAUUAUUUCGAUUUUUGCCCCGCUUAUUGAUUGUUUUUUUUGUUUUUUUUUUUGGACCUGCUUUUGGUGGGUGUGGAAGCUGGGGAAAAAAAAAAAAACCCAACACACUGACAGGACCUCAGUGUAGAGGCAGGAGUGAACCACCGCUGCCUCCUCCUCCUCCUCCGAGGACGGAGAGGAGCCAUUUCCUUUCAAGCUCUUCUUUUUUUUUCUUUUUUUUUUCUUGUUGUUGUUUAUUUUAUUUCUCCAGAGGAAACAUACACACAAUGUAGCAUCAUAAUAUUUAUUACCCGCCCUGUCACGAUGUUGGCUUGCCGAUGCUGCAGGGUGGGACCCAGCAGCCGAGAGACUUGUGGAGCGAGAGAUUAAAGCGGUUAAAAAAAAUUACAAAAAAAAAAAAAAAAAAAAAAAGAGGGGAAAACGGGGGGCAGGAAAUAACGCGACGACGACUGAGCUCUCUGCACCUUAACCCUGCUGCCUCCACGGACUCGAACCGGCGUCCUUUUUUUUUCUCUCUUCUUUAAUUAUUUUUUUUCCCCUCCCUUUUUUUUUUUUAGCUUAGAGAUAACUGAACGGGAGGAGGGCGGGGAGUGGGGGGGGGAGAAAUGUAUUUGUUGUUUUUUUUUGUUAACUUGUACACUGUGCAAGAUCGAAUUAUCCUGUACAGACUGUAAAAUGUAAUAUUAUUUUGUACAACUUAAUUGAAAGAAAAACAAAUCUACUUGUAGAUCUUUGUGCCUUGAUUAUGGCUGUACCUGUAAAUGAGCUCAGAUGUAAGUAUGUUUUCGACUGCGCUGUACAGCUUGAUGUCAAAAACUCUAUCGGCAGCGAGGAGACUGCGGGUAGGGGACUUUCUCUGUAGAGUUUAGUUUUUUCUGGUUUAUAAAAAUAAAGGAAAUGCUGUUUAGUAAAAAAAUGGGGGAGGGAGGUGGGAGGUGGGGGGGGAUAAAAAAAAAUAGGGACAAAAAAAAUCCUAAAAACCUGUAUACAUUAUGCAAAUUAACCACUUACCUGCAGUGAAGACCAGAUGUUGCAGCGCCAUGCCUUUUUUCUUUUUCUUGUUGUUUUAAUAUAUAUAUAUAUAUAUAUAUAUAUAUAUAUAUAUAUAUAUAUAUAUAUAUAUAUAUAUAUAUAUAUAUAUAUAUAUAUAUAUAUAUAUAUAUAUAUAUAUAUAUAUGAUUGAAUUUCACAGCUUUAAAGAAACAUUGGAAAAUCCAUUGAAAGUGUCCAAAUUGCAACCUGGUGUUGUUUUUAAUAGGAACCAACUUACUUUUUUUUUUUUUUUUUUUUUUUUUUGAUUGCUUUGUUUUUAUUUCGGUCGUUAUUUUAUUUUAUUAUUUUUUUUGAGAUGAAGUGCGUGAGGUCUGUGCCGACGUGCGUGCCUGUGCGCAUGUGUACAUAACAGACAGAACAUAGACUCACAGACGCAUCGUGUGUGCGAGGGCGAGUGCGUGUCGUGCGUGUAAAAUUUUAUAAAUGUAUGUACAUGUAAAUUUAUAGGUCUAUAUAAAUAUAUAUGUACAAUUAUACAUGUUUAAUUAUGUGUGUGCCUAGGUGUACAUACCUUUGUAUGUAUACGGUAAAUAUGUAUACAUACACACAUAGGAAAGCAUGUUUUAGGAUGGAGAUGAAUAAAUGAGAGCGUGCAAUAUUAGUAAUUCUUUGGUCCUUCGGAGCCAUACUUUAAUGGCACAGGCACUAUGAAUGUGUGAGCAGCACCCAACAAGACGAGCUCUUUUCCUUGUACAAACAGCAUCAGUUUUUUUUUUUGUUUUUGUUUUUUUUUUUGUUUUUCUUCUUCUUCUGCUACAGUACACGUCUAUCCCCGAAAGAGAGUGAACUGACCGGAGGUGCGAAAAGCCUUGUUUGGGCCUUGGGAGGAUGAUUUAAAAUGACGUUUUUAUUUUCUUUAAAUAAAGAGGCACAUUAGAGGACUUUGCUUUAUUUCCA